AGCCGCGCGCUGGGCAAGAGUGCGCGCGCGCGCGGGCUUGCUGGGGGAAAUCUCCUUCCCUGGAAGCUGCUGAGUGUCGCUGACCGAGAGUAUCCCGGGGUCCAUCAAAAGCCACCAAAGCGUUUGAGAGCUUUUCUAAAGAAAAACGGUGAAUGAAAAAACAAGAAGGGGAACCCGUUUCCCGGGCGGCCCGGGUUUCCGAUGGUAUCGGAUCCUCCCGAAGCUGCUCUGAUAGGGACGCGCUUGGCGGCCGCUGGUACCCGGACUUAGAGCGUCCGUUGUGAGAGGAGGGAGGUGAGGGACUUGCGGGCAAGAGUUUCACCUGAUCAGGGAACCUGCGAAAAGAACUGUGGGCAGGAGAAGCGACCUGAUCAGAGACAGCAGCCACCCUUGACCAUGCCCCGGUGAAGGGGGGCGGACUUCGAGGGCAACUUGUCGCGGACUACCUGGGCUUUAGGCUACGGAGAGAAAGCAAAAGCCCGGAACUCUACAGCUCGGCCCAGCGGGGGGCUGUUGUCUAUGUCUUCUUGGGGCGCCCGGCGGAUCGGGGUCUCGGUUUUGCAGGAAAAGCCCAGCGCUGUUGGCUUCAGGUGGCUGCCGCCGCCGCCGCGGUCGCCGCAAGUGCUGUUUCCGCCGCUGGUGAGAGGAGCAGAGACAAGGGAGCGGGGAGACCUCCGAAGCAACGAGGCAUCGGACAUGUGUCAGCACAUCUGGGGAGCACAUCCGAAGAGCCCGAGGGGAGAUUUGCCGAAACAAUUCAAACUGCGUUAUUGAUCUUGGGGGUGACUGUCCCUGGCCGGCUGUCGGGUGGGAGCGCGACUGUGCGCUCUCUGGAGAGUGUGUGCGUGUGUGUAUGUGUGUACCGUGUCGGGCUCCCCCUUUCCCCCCUGUUUUCCCGUCGAGUGAUGCACCUGGAAUGAGAAUCAGAGGAUGGAAAUAGUCUGGGAGGUGCUUUUUCUUCUUCAAGCCAAUUUCAUCGUCUGCAUAUCAGCUCAACAGAAUUCACCAAAAAUCCAUGAAGGCUGGUGGGCUUACAAGGAGGUGGUCCAGGGAAGCUUUGUUCCAGUUCCUUCUUUCUGGGGAUUGGUGAACUCAGCUUGGAAUCUUUGCUCUGUGGGGAAGCGUCAGUCCCCUGUCAACAUAGAGACCAGUCACAUGAUCUUCGACCCCUUUCUGACACCUCUUCGCAUCAACACUGGGGGCAGGAAGGUCAGUGGGACCAUGUACAACACUGGAAGGCAUGUGUCUCUCCGCCUGGACAAGGAGCACUUGGUCAAUAUUUCAGGAGGGCCCAUGACAUACAGUCACCGCCUAGAAGAGAUCCGGCUACACUUUGGGAGUGAGGACAGCCAAGGGUCUGAGCACCUCCUCAAUGGACAGGCCUUCUCUGGGGAGGUACAACUCAUCCACUAUAACCAUGAGCUAUACACAAAUGUCACAGAAGCUGCGAAGAGCCCGAAUGGAUUGGUGGUAGUUUCUAUAUUUAUAAAAGUUUCUGAUUCAUCAAACCCAUUUCUUAAUCGAAUGCUCAACAGAGAUACUAUCACAAGAAUAACAUACAAAAAUGAUGCAUACUUACUACAGGGACUUAAUAUAGAGGAACUGUAUCCAGAGACCUCUAGUUUCAUCACUUAUGAUGGGUCCAUGACUAUCCCGCCCUGCUAUGAGACAGCGAGUUGGAUAAUAAUGAACAAGCCUGUGUACAUAACCAGGAUGCAGAUGCAUUCCCUACGCCUCCUCAGCCAGAAUCAGCCAUCGCAGAUCUUUCUGAGCAUGAGUGACAACUUCAGGCCUGUCCAGCCACUCAAUAAUCGCUGUAUCCGCACCAACAUCAACUUCAGUUUACAGGGGAAGGACUGUCCUAAUAAUAGGGCCCAGAAGCUGCAGUACAGAGUAAACGAAUGGCUCCUCAAGUAGGGAACAAAGCCAAGAAGAAUCCCACCUCAGUGAAAUUCUACAACUGUGAAUUGACGUGACCCAGAAUGCACCCCUUCCCUGUCCUUCCUCCCCUAAGCCUUUCACUCUUUGGAUUGGCCCCCUUUUCAUGAAAUUUGUCUGCAAAAAUGUUUCAGAGGAGUGCAUCUCUCUCUCUUACACACACACACACACACACACACACACACACUCACACACAGACACAUAUAAACACAAAUACACAUAUACACACACCACACACACACACACACACACACACACACAUACACAUACACACACACACCACCUCCAUGAUGAGAAAGCCAAGUUUCAGAAACAAAGGUUCACCAUCAAAGAUCUUAGAAGAAAACAACCAGUUAACCUGAUUACAAUUUUGAUACUGUUUUCCUGAACUAAUAACUCAACCCAAUGAGACUUCUCAGCCUUUGUAUAUACAAAAAUUCUUCCAAAAGAGGGUGGGGAGGAAAACACCACUCUAAAAGCAUCAAGCGGACUCAGCAUCUCACCGUCCCUGACAGUGUCCUGGGCUACUCUGAGGGUGCUGUGACAGGCGACCAGGACAAAGCUGACCAAGGACACUUAUUUCUAGAUUACGAUUCUUCUGUUUACUCAAUGAUUUAAAAAGAAAAAUCUUCAAAUAAAUAAAUAAAUAAAUAAAAGGACAGACAUCAAAGAGCUAUAUGUUGUAUAUAUUUAUCACCACAGACUAUAAGAAUGGAAUUAUUUCCCUCUUCGUCACUGUACUAGGACUUGCCCGAGAUCAGAAUCGAUCCAUUUGCUGUUUCUUGUUUUCUGAAGGUCAUACAUUGUGUUUGGUUAUUGUUAACAGCCCAAUAAAUGUGUUUAAUGCGUUGAUUUCAUUUUUCUGGCCUUGGUCUGUUCUCCUUCCUGCCAGGCUAAGCCCUAGCCCCAUGCAGCUAUCUUCUUGGAUCUCCUGUGUCCCUUCAUCUCCAUGUUUUGUUCAUUUGCAGCCAGUUUUACUGAGUUUGUGGCAAGCAGGAAUGCAUUUGCUAAGCAGGUAUAUCUAUCUCUCACUCCACUCCAUGGCUCGAUCCUUCAUCCCAGGUGAGCUACGCCUGCUAAGUCAGGCGACAGAUUCCUUGCGUUUCAAAAACUGCCAUUCCCCACCCCCCCAACCCCUGUGAUGCUCCCAAAGGAAUGCACUUUGCCUUGUAAAUUCCUGGGAAAUUGGGGUAUCUUUUCUCUCCAGGUGCAGCCAGAUCUCACAAAGUACAAACGAAUGCCUUUCUUUUCUUGUUUAUAAUGGUCACUCACUGUGUUUGGUUACUGUCAAAAAAAAAAAAAAAUCAAUAAAUGUGUUUAACAAGUUGCCCAA